AUGGAACAAGAACGUAUAUCAUCGUAUAUUGCUGAUUCUGAUUUACCAACGGGUAUGGUGCAUUUCUCAUUGGUUGAAUUGACAAAUCGACCUACUCUCAUGUAUGAUUUAGGUCUCAAACAGAAAAAUGUGAUUAUUCAACGAGAUCGUUUUGGAUAUGGUUUAACAGUAUCUGGUGAUAAUCCUGUUUAUGUAUUAAGUGUACGUGAAGGUGGUGCUGCUCACCGAGCGGGAGUCAAUAUAAAUGAUCAGAUAAUUAAGGUAAGACAUUUAUUUGGUGCUAUCUAA